CGGACCAGACUUCAACGACCUCCUCGUUUUAUUAACUAACCCCUGCCGUUUCACUCCCAAACAGACACGAAAUUCCAAAGCCAGAUCUCUCUCUCUGUUAGCCUCUUCUGGUUUUCUCUGUAGUAAAGGGCUAGAUUUUGGGCGUGGAGCGGUUGGAGAGAGAGUGGGAAAUGGAGAGGACUAUGGCGGCGGCGUUCAUCGCCCUGGUGGUGCUGCUGGGUGCCGAUCGGGCGAGGUCAGAUGCAUCGGAUCACCGGUACAAGGAAGGAGACCCGGUGCCUCUAUAUGCCAACAAGGUCGGACCGUUUCACAAUCCCAGUGAAACAUAUCGCUAUUUUGAUCUACCGUUCUGUACUCCAGAUAAUAUUAAAGAGAAAAAGGAAGCUCUUGGCGAAGUGCUAAAUGGCGAUCGUUUAGUCAGUGCCCCCUACAAACUUGAUUUCCGCAGUGAGAAAGAUUCUGAGGUUGUUUGCCAGAAAACACUCACAAAAAAAGAAGUGGCCCAGUUCCGAGCUGCCGUUGACAAGGACUACUACUUUCAAAUGUAUUACGAUGACUUACCUAUAUGGGGUUUCAUAGGGAAGGUCGACAAGGAAAACAAAGACCCAAGCGAGUAUAGAUAUUAUCUUUAUAAGCAUAUUCAUUUUAUUAUCUAUUAUAAGAAGGACCGCGUGAUCGAAAUCACUGUUCAAACAGAACAACAUGCCCUUGUGGACCUUACGGAGGAUAAAGAAGUUGAGGUGGAAUUUUUGUAUACUGUGAAAUGGAAGGAAACAAGCACUCCUUUUGAGAAGAGGAUGGAAAAGUACUCACAUUCUUCUUCGCUUCCUCAUCAUCUGGAGAUCCAUUGGUUCUCCAUUAUAAAUUCAUGUGUGACGGUGCUUCUUCUAACUGGGUUUCUCGCCACAAUUCUCAUGCGAGUCCUUAAGAAUGAUUUUGUCAAAUAUGCCCAUGACGAGGAAUCAGCUGAAGACCAGGAAGAGACCGGAUGGAAAUACAUCCAUGGAGAUGUAUUCAGGUUUCCCAAGUACAAGUCUCUAUUUGCAGCUGCCCUUGGUUCUGGGACCCAACUAUUUACUCUUACGGUAUUCAUUUUUAUAUUAGCACUUGUUGGUGUCUUUUACCCAUACAACCGAGGGGCUCUGUUUACUGCACUGGUUGUCAUAUAUGCACUCACAUCAGGAAUUGCAGGCUACAUUGCAACCUCCUUUUAUUGUCAGCUAGAGGGAACAAACUGGGUUAGGAAUCUAUUGUUGACGGGAUGCCUCUUUUGUGGACCUUUGUUUCUUAUGUUCUGCUUUUUGAAUACUGUUGCAAUUGCUUAUAAUGCCACUGCCGCUCUCCCAUUUGGCACCAUUGUCGUGAUAGUUCUUAUAUGGACACUUGUAACAUCACCUUUGCUGGUAUUGGGUGGGAUUGCUGGGAAGAAUAGCAAGGCUGAAUUCCAAGCACCUUGCCGCACCACCAAAUAUCCCCGAGAGAUUCCACCUUUGCCAUGGUACCGGGGAUCAAUUCCGCAGAUGGCAAUGGCAGGCUUUCUGCCUUUCAGUGCAAUAUACAUCGAACUUUACUACAUAUUUGCGAGUGUCUGGGGUCACAGGAUUUAUACCAUAUACAGCAUCUUGUUCAUCGUCUUUAUAAUUCUCCUGAUAGUUACUGCUUUCAUUACUGUGGCACUGACAUACUUCCAACUUGCUGCUGAGGACCACGAAUGGUGGUGGAGAUCUUUUGUAUGCGGUGGGUCGACUGGCAUAUUUAUCUAUGCCUAUUGCCUAUAUUACUACCACGCACGCUCUGAUAUGUCGGGAUUUAUGCAGACCUCAUUUUUCUUUGGUUACAUGGCUUGCAUCUGCUAUGGUUUCUUCCUCAUGCUCGGAACUGUAGGCUUCCGUGCAGCUUUGCUAUUCGUCCGUCACAUUUACCGGUCCAUCAAGUGUGAGUAGUUAGUAUCACAUUUUCAGGAGGAAUCUGGUAUGUGUUUCUUUCCUCACUUGUUCCGUAGGCGUUUUGUAGAGAAGGCAUAAUGGGUAGUUUUGUAGUGCCUUGUGUAUGCAAACCAGAAGCAGAUAUUGUAUAACAAUAUGCUUGAGGGUUCGGAGAAGGAAAGAGUUUGUCUCAUUACUCAAGUCAAGACUUUGCAAUAUAUAUAUUCUUUUAAUA